ACACAUCGGAUUUACCAAAUCCAUAACCAAACAAAUUACGUUAUCAUUAUUUUAUUACUAUUUUUUUCAAAUUUUGUCACAUCCUCCAACACACUUGAAGCUCCCACAACAAUUCAAAAAACCUUCCCCAUGUCUACAUUACACCACGUUUGCUUCACUCAUCUCCUACAUUCUUCUCCUUCGUCUCAUUCUUCUUCACUCAUCUCUUUCUCUGCAACUCCUCGUUGCAUGAACUUACUAUAACCAAGAAAAAAAAUGCAUUUUCUUCCACUUCUUGUUUCUUUAUUCUUCUUACACUUCAUAACCUUCUCCUCCUCGCUAAACCCUGAUGGUCUAUCUCUUCUCGCACUCAAAUCAGCAGUCACUCACGACCCGACACGUGUCAUGACAACCUGGUCCGAAUCCGACCAAACACCCUGCCACUGGCCAGGAAUCACCUGCACACACAAACGCGUCACAUCCCUCACUCUCACCGGAAGAAGAAUCUCCGGCUACAUCCCCUCAGAACUCGGACACCUCGACUCACUCACAACUCUCAAACUCAACCGCAACAACUUCUCCAAACCCGUCCCGACACAUCUCUUCAACGCCGUCAACCUCCGUUACAUCGACCUCUCACACAACUCAAUCACAGGCCCAUUACCGGCCCAAAUAAAAUCCCUCGAAAACCUCACUCACCUCGACCUCUCCUCCAACGACCUCAACGGCUCCCUCCCCGAGUCGCUCACCCGACUCGGCAGCCUCGUCGGGACGCUCAACCUCUCGUACAACCGAUUCUCCGGCGAGAUUCCGACGUCGUACGGCCGGUUCCCGGUCCUCGUCAGCUUGGACCUCGGCCAUAACAACCUCGCCGGAGAAAUUCCUCAGGUCGGAUCUCUGCUGAACCAAGGACCGACGGCGUUCGCCGGAAAUUCUGACCUCUGUGGCUUUCCGUUACAGAAGCUUUGUUCAGAGCCUUCCCCUAAACCGGAAGGCUCCCAAAUCAUCAAUAAAAAACCAAACCGGAAUUUAAAAAAUAAUAAUAAACCGGUUACUGGUAUAACCGUAAUAACCGUAAUAACCGUUUCGCUCAUAACCGGAGUGGUUUCUCUCUCCGUGUGGAUGAUUCGAAGAAAACAAAACUCCGGCGAGUUCAAAUCGGAGAACACGGCGGCGCCGGCGCCGGAGGAGGAAGGUAAGCUCGUUGCGCUGGACGAAGGAUUCGAGCUGGAGCUUGAGGAUCUGUUGAGAGCUUCUGCUUACGUGGUGGGGAAGAGUAGAAGCGGGAUUGUGUAUAGAGUAGUAGCCGGAAUGGGAUCGGGCACGGUGGCCACGACGGUGGUGGCGGUUAGAAGGCUAAGUGACGGGGACGCCACGUGGAGGAGGAGAGAUUUUGAAAAUGAGGUGGAGGCAAUAGGUAGGGUCCACCAUCCGAAUAUUGUGAAGUUGAGAGCUUAUUACUAUGCGGAGGACGAGAGGCUUUUGAUCACGGAUUAUUUACGUAAUGGCAGCUUGUACUCUGCUUUACAUGGAGGAUCUUCAAAUACUCUGCCUACACUAUCUUGGCCUGAAAGGUUACGUAUUGCACAAGGAACAGCUCGUGGGUUGAUGUAUAUACACGAGUACAGCCCUAGAAAAUACGUCCAUGGCAACCUAAAAUCAACUAAAAUCCUGCUCGAUGAUGAGCUACAGCCACGCAUCUCAGGCUUUGGUCUAACACGUCUAGUCUCGGGCUACUCAAAGCUCACCGGUUCGUUAUCAUCCAAAAGACAAAGCAUAGACCAAACGUUCUUAACUUCUGCCACAGUGGUGACAAGAAUCUCAUCUCCCUCUGUUGCUUACCUUGCACCAGAGGCUCGAGCUACUUCUGGCUGUAAAUUAUCUCAGAAGUGCGAUGUUUAUUCGUUCGGGGUUGUGUUAAUGGAGUUGUUGACUGGUCGUAAACCUAAUGCUUCCUCUGAAAACAAUGGUGAAGAGCUCGUGUGUAUUGUUAGGAGUUGGUUUAAAGAAGGGAAGCCUUUGGACGAGAUUUUGGACCCGGAGAUUAUAAACAAAGGUUACGCAGAGAAGCAAGUUGUUGCAGCUAUUCAUGUUGCCUUGAACUGCACGGAGAUGGAUCCAGAGGUUCGUCCAAGGAUGAGAUCAGUAUCUGAAAGUCUUGGCCGAAUCAAAUUAGACUAAUAGCUGAGAAAGCAAUGAAGUUUUGCAAAUCGUGCGAGCCUAAAAUUCAUGUCUUGCUUCUCUGGGAGCUAUGUUUCUUUGUUUUGCCAUGUCGUAGGGUUUAGGGUUCUCUUAAUCAUCGGGUUAUUGUUAUGUUUUGUUGUUUGUUUAUCAUCUUGAUAACAAUAACGAAGUUUGUAAUAAAACAAUG